UGGGCCAGAGAAGUACAGAGAACCAGAGGACGACACAGAGAGAGAGAGAGAGAGAGAGAGAGAAAGACAGAGAGAAAGGUGUGUCACUGUACUGUCAGAGGCAGAGGACAAAACGGCUCAACCUCAUUAUUACCUGUAAAGAAGGACGUGACCCACACUAGACCUACUGUGUGUGUGUUACCUGUAUCCCUGUGUGUGUAUGAGUGAGUGAGUGAGUGAGUGUGUGUGUGUGUAUCUAUGGGACGGUGAACAAUGUCUCGUGCGCAGUCUCACUCAUCAGCCACUAGAGGGAAAUGCAGAGUGUCACAUCUGCUGUUUCUUCUUCUCUGGUUGGGGAAAACUUUCGGGGACAUUCUCAUCCCUGCCAAAUAUAAGAUUUCUGACAUGCAAGAGCCUCCGUUGAUCACACUACAGUCCAAGUCCUACACAGCCUGCUACACAGACGACAUCUUUCUGCAGUGUGAAGCGAGCGGCAACCCCAAACCCACUUUUCGAUGGGUGAAGGACGGACAACAUUUCACCGAGAAAGUGGACGAUUUGGGAACUAUUAGAGCUAACGAAAGUAAAGAUAUGAAAUUUUACCAUGGGAAAUACCGCUGCUACGCAUCAAACGAGCUCGGGACGGCCGAAUCCGAACUGAUAGACCUCAACACAGAGCCCGUUCCAGUUCUGUCAGUGAAAGAGAAGCGGGUGGAGAAGAUCGUCAGCGAGGGUGAAAAUGUGGUUCUACAAUGUAAUAUCCCAAACAGCACAGUGAACUCGUACGUCCACUGGAUGGACAAGAAACUGAUGCAUAUUAAGCAAAGUGAGCGCGUCAUCAUCGGCCUGAACGGUAAUCUGUACUUCGCCAACGUGCAAACCCGGGACACCAGAAACGAUUACACCUGCUUCAUCCAGUACGUCCAAGCCAGAGCCAUUUUAUCCACAGAGCCAGUCUCUCUCACUGUUAGACCCUCAAAUGAGCUGGUAAACAGACCGCCCGGUCUUCACCGUCCUCAGGGCAAAAACAGCACUUAUGUUGCUCUCCGAGGCCAGACUCUCAUCCUGGAGUGUAUUCCAUAUGGCCUGCCAACUCCCACAAUCAAAUGGGAAAGGAAAGACGCCCUGCUUUCCUCCAGUCAAGCAACCGAGGAGCGUUUCGGCCGCUGGCUGGAGUUCUCGUCCAUCACGGAGAACGAUGAUGGAGAGUACACCUGCACAGCCUCUAAUGGAAUAGAAACGGUCACACAUUCGUACACGGUCAACGUAGAAGCCACUCCCUACUGGAUUAAGCUGCCUAAGAGUGCUCGAUACUCACCGGGAGAGACGGUCAGACUGGACUGUCAAGCUGGAGGCAUUCCUACACCUAACAUUACAUGGAGGAUUAAUGGAGUGCCCCUCUCUGAGACAAUUCCUGAACCAAAGCGCAGUGUAGAAGGCGGGACUUUAAUACUGACUAAAGUGAAUACCACUGACACGGCUGUGUAUCAGUGUGAGGCCUCCAAUAAACACGGAGCCACCCUCCUUAACAUCUACAUCCACGUCAUCGAACUGCCCCCUCAGAUUCUGACUGAAGACAGUCUUGUGUAUCGAGCGACCGAGGGCUCCACAGUGUAUCUCAGCUGCAAUACUUUUGGUUCUCCGCGGCCACAAGUCACAUGGGAGAGUGAGGAGUUCGGUCCGGUUCUGUCCAACCCGAGGAUGUCUCAAAUGACCAAUGGCACGUUACACAUCAGCAAAGUGAGCCACAAGGACUCAGGAACAUACCUGUGUUUAAUCAAAGCCGCCAAUCUGUCCAUUACUGCACAUCUGGACAUACUGAACAAGACUCGGAUCCUGACCCCUCGUCACGACCACCGGAUUUUACGAGGAACUACGUUGGUGUGGCAGUGCAACUACGAGGUGGACGCUCGACUCUUGAAGCCGCUUAUCCAGUGGAGGAAAGAUGACAAAAAAAUCGCAGAAUUACCUCAAGAUAACAAAUACACAAUGUUCCAAAAUGGAUCACUGAUGAUCCGUGACAUCAACGAUGAAGAUUCUGGACUCUACACAUGUGAGGUCAUAACCCGUCUGGACAACGAUAGAAUCACUGGAUCACUGACUGUGAUCGAUAAGCCUGAACCUCCUCACUCUCUGAAGCUGAUUGAGAAGGCGAGUCGCAGCGUCACUCUGUCCUGGAGCCCUGGAUACGAUAACAACAGCCCUGUGAACGAGUUUGUGAUUGAGAUGCAUGAAGAAUUGCACACAGGAGCCUCGAGCUGGAAGGAGGAGAAGCGUGUUCCUGCUGAAAUCCAUCAACUGGAGAUUUCUCUCCUUCCCUUCUGCAAGUACCAGUUCCGAGUGGCGGCGGUUAAUGAGAUCGGCACGAGUGAAUUCAGCCAGGUGUCUGGGUCGUACACCACACCUGCUGCAGAACCUGACCUGGUCCCGGGGAACGUGAGGAGUGAAUCUACAAAUCCAGAAAGCAUGAUCAUCACAUGGGAGGCUCUGGAGCCAAAGCACUUUAACGGCCCAGAUUUUCAGUAUAAAGUGUCCUGGCGUGAAGCAGAUGACCCUAAGGGUGCCUGGCAGUCUCAGAAUGUUUCUCAUCCUCCGCUUGUAGUCAAAGAAACAAACACCUUCACACCCUUCGAGAUCAAAGUGCAGGCGGUGAACAACAUUGGCGAAGGACCGAGUCCUGAUGCUGCCAUUGGCUACUCAGGAGAAGAUGUUCCCCUGGAGGCCCCGACUAAAAUUAAUGUGAAUCUGGUUAAUGCCACAGCUGUAUCGGUCACAUGGGAGCCAGUCAGCAGGAAGUCUGUGCGUGGACAUCUUCUUGGCUACGUGAUCUACCUGAGGAGGUUGGGUCAUGCACACCACAGGAAAGAGAAGCGAGCACUAGCUACGGUGAGAGACAUGGUACGAGACAUGGCGCAUACGAUGGAGGAAAGACGAGUGAUUGUCAUGAACGGAAAAGAGGACGAGAUUAUGAGCGGCCUGGAGUUCUACUCUAAUUAUGAGCUGUCCAUCGCAGCCUUCAACAGCAAGGGGGAGGGGCCUCAGUCUAGUCCCAAACACUUCCAGACACCUGAGGGAGCUCCUGGCCCUGUUUUAAACCUGAGAUUUGAGAGUCCUUCAGAGUCUCAGCUGACGCUCUUCUGGAAAAAACCCCACAAGACCAACGGGAUCCUGAGAGGAUACGUUAUAAUGUACCAGGAAUUUGUGGAGAACGGUAACAGCCUGCUGCAGGAGAUGCAGAUCGACGAUCCGACUGUGAUGCAGUACACCAUGGACAAACUGGAUCCCAGAAAUCACUACAUUUUCUCCCUGAAAGCUUUUACUGACGCUGGAAAAGGAGAAUCUGUCCACAUUAACGCCACCACCUUACUCGACGGAGUUCCACCAACUUCUGUAAACGUGACAGUGGGAGAAACGGCUGUGAAUCUGAGCUGGGUUCCAGGAGAACGACAACGAAACAUGGGCUUCACAAUUCUUUACCAGAGGAACAACGGUGAGUGGGAGGAGUCAGAGCCGGUGAAUUUGACACAGGGAUUUUAUCAGCUUCAGGGAUUGAAAGCCAGCUCGUCCUACCGUCUCAAAAUCAACUCCAACAACCUCACAUACUGGACAGAAGACCUGCAGACCAAAGGACCAAUUAUAGACGGCGUGUCCAGAAACUUUGCCACUGAGGGCUGGUUCAUCGGCCUCAUCAGCGCCUUGGUCCUGCUGCUGCUCCUCCUGCUCAUCCUCUGCUUCGUCAGGAGGAGCAAAGGAGGAAAAUAUUCAGUGAAAGAUAAAGAGGAAGGGCAGAUCGACUCGGACGCGAAACCCAUGAAGGAUGAAGGGUUUGGAGAGUACAGAUCUCUCGAGAGCAGCGACAGCGACGAGAAGCGUUCAUACAGCCAGCGCUCGCUGUGUCCCGAUCUGAAGCGCGAGAGCGAAGACAGUCUAGGGGAGUACGGAGACAGCGUGGACAUCCAGUUCAAUGAGGACGGCUCAUUUAUCGGGCAGUACAGCGGCCGCAGAGACACACAACCCUACGCGCACGGUGAGCAUGAGAGCUCAGGCGUCCCGUCCCCGAAUAAACCCAACCCUCCACCCAGCAACAGCUUCCCCACCUCCAUCACCGGCACCUUCGGGGGGAACUGAGGAACCCAGGAACGACUCUGCUGCAUCAUGAGAGACACUGAGACAGAGAGAUCAACCUGACCUAAUACUGGCAUUCAUUCAUAAGUAAACAAACAUCACUAAUUCUCUGGCUAACUCUCAUUAAAUAAAAAAAGACACAAAGGGGACCGAAAAAUAUUCCAUCACUGCCGAUGACGUUAACAGUUUUUAAAGCACACGCAUGCUCAUAAAAUUAAACACGUGUGUGUAUAUAUAUAUAUAUAUAUACUGUAUACACACACAUAUAUAUAUAUAUAUAAAUAGUAGUUUAAAGGCCUGGAUAGACCUCUCUUUCAGCUCUUUAAUGUCUCCGCCCCCUUUUUUUCUUUUUAUGUUUGCCUUAAUGAAUAUGCAAAUUGGUGUGUUUCUGACCUGUGUGUUCCAACACACACCCACACACACACCAGUAUUCCACAGAUUUUAAAGUCUAAUUGCCUUUGAUAGUUCUUAUAUUGGUUUAAAUAGGAGAACAUUUGCAUCCAACGUGACCAACAGGAGAGAAAUAAGGAAACCUUUAACUCAGGAAAUCUGGAACCGUGACUUACGGUUUAUAAAUCGGACCAAUAAAAAGUGGAUAAAAAUGAAAGUAAUUCACCGACCAUGUUAUGUUUACACGAUAUGCGCUUGCUUAGAUACGAGGUUAAUUAGCUAACUCGUUCUAGACGAGUAUUGAUUAGGUCCCGAAUCACCCUAAACAUCUGAUGCAAUCAUUCUCUCCAUAACGAUACGAUUGUGUAUCAGUUGAAACAAAAUUAGCCUGAACCAAGGAAUCACUUCAAGCAUUCUUAUUAAUGCUUCUUUUUUUUUUAAUUAAAUUUCCAUGUUCAACAGAAGAAUAGAUAUAUUCACAAGCGUAGACAAGACAAACCAAUCACAGGGAAUAUUAACGAAGGGGCGUGGCCAGGGCGGGGCUGUGGCAUGAGUGAGGAAACCAGGGAACAGAGGAGGCCUGUGUAACACACAGGAUUGAUUUGUAUAAUCACUCAAACUACAACUUAACAGGUUUGUGGUGUGGAGUUUGUGUUAGAUGAGUCUUUCCAGGCCUUCAGAAAAGACACGACAUAAAAAAAAAUCAAAGAUUCCAGAUGAGCGUUCACCAACGCUGUCUUUCUUUUGUCCGGGUUUACAGCUGAGCAUGACAUCGAGCUCAAUCUAGCCUGUGUGUGCUUUCCAACAUCAUCUUCUGUAACGUUUCCUGUCAAUCCCGGCAAACACGAACACUAGAAUUCAAAUGACACGAAAAUGUGUGGGAAUAACUUCAUACUAAUAAUCCAUACCAACUUACACACUACAACAUCAUUAUAAUGGGGUUUUUUUUUUCAGUCCAAAAUGGCUGACAUGAACAUUAUAUUAGCAUGCUGAUACAGUGGAAUAGUGAAACAACACACACACACACACACACACGUUUCUGUUCUCAUUACACAGAGAAACAUCUCUUCAUAUUUAUAAAUUUGUCUAAUAAUCAAUCAUUUCCCAGAAAUCAGAGUCAGGGACUUAACAGAACCAGGAGUGGCAAUGAUGUCUUAUAUGUCUUAGGGAUUGUAAAAAAAAAUAAAAAAUAAAAUAUCCACGGUAUAUAUACACAUUUUGUUUAGCGUCACAAUAAUCAUGUCCGUUGUUCAUAAUUGUUUAUUUUGCACUAUAGCUUUUUUUGGUUGUUGUUGUUUUUUUGUUUUUUUUUAAGAAAUAUUUUUUAACUUCUUACAUUUUGUCACGUUUUUUUAAUUUUUAUGUCAUUUCUACAACAUAAUUUUUUUUAUACAUUUUUAUUUUUUAAAAUAUUUACAUUAAUGCGCAAUUAUUCCGAUCGAGACAGUUUGUGUACUAUAGCAGUAUAUGUAUCUUGUAUGCCUGUGGGAUUAAAAAAACACAUCCUUUUUUAUUUCUUUUUUUUGUCAUAUCAGUUUUUCAUAAGCAGAUGUCUAUUAUUUUGCCAUAUAUAUUUUUUUUUAUUUGAAAAAAUACGUUUUUUCCCCAGUACAUUUUAAUUUGAUAUGUGUAAUUUUUAUUUACACUUUCCUGUACAUUUUUUAAAAAAAUAUUUACUUUAUUAAUGGACAGUUACUCAGUCAUGUUUGUGUUAAUUCCAGCAUUAUAUUAAUAAUAAUUAUAAUAAUAAUGACAUACUGUAUCAUAGCAGCAUAUGUAUGGUAUAUGCCUAUAUGUACAGCGUGUACACGUGUGAACGUCCGACACGUUUAUGACUCUUCAUAUCUUAUUUUCAAGCAAUUCAGGACUCGUGUAUGUGUAUCAUUACCGGUGUAUUGUCAUCCGCAGGGUGUUCAGUCAUGUAAUUGUUGCUACUCGCUAUAAGGUUUAGGCAAAAAAAACCUCUACAGCCCAAAAUCUGUGCUUAUUUUUCCCCCGUAUUCCUAAUAUCUGUGAAUCCAAACUGAGCUCUAUUAGCCGUAGAUGCUAAGCGCAUGAAUCUCCACACUGAUAUGGCGAAUCUCUCUGUAAGGUUUGUGCCUGUUUUUCCCCCCCUCGUAAUGCUGAAUUUUUUGAAUAUGAUGCCUUAUGUCUUUUUCUAUUUCCACCUGUCUUUUUAGUAUCUGUCCAUCUGAGGUAACGCCGAGCAUGAGGUGUAGUUUAGCUAGGCUUGUGCCGAAUGUUGGGCCAUAUAUAUAUAUAUAUAUAUAUAUAUAUAUAUAUAUAUAUAUAUAUAUAUAUAUAUAUAUAUAUCAUGAUAUACGGUUAACGGAGACGCUAUUUAUGUGUUUCAUUUGGGAGAAAAUGUUGACUUGAGUAGCUUUCUUAUUACCAUUUUUAUUUAUUCGACAUCAGAGAUGAAGUCAGUCUCAUUUAGCCGAUAAAACGAGUUUGAGUUUGCUAGGCAAGUUAGCCUUUUAGCUCAUAGCUUUCUACUUUAAACCAGAUACAAUGCCAAAACAUGGAUUAGCUAACUGCUAGCUAGCGUGGAGAGAGAUUUUUAAAAGGAAUGUUCCCUGAAAAUGUGGACAACACGUCUGUUGCCCCGGCUGAGGAAUUUGUUUACAACCUUUCCUUUAAGCUGCUCAAAAACAGUCAUAUUUGCGUUUGUUUAUUGCCAGAAAUGAUUCCAGUGGUUAUGUUUAGCUAGCUGUAUGACAGGCAUGAAAAUGAACUUGCUAGCUAGCAUUAGUUAGUUGGCUAGCUAGUUGUUUAUUACAAAUGUUGACAUCAACACUUAAUACAAUAUUGUUACGGUUAUCUAAUAAAGCGUGUGCUGUUAGAUAUGUGGAAGCCUGUGGUCAUUAGCUGCCUUGCUAGUUACUAUUAAGUUUUUUUGUUUUUUUUUAGAAUUAGCUAGCUAAUGUAGCGCAUCCUGACAGAACUUUCUAGCUUGUGUCAGUUUUGUUAGCCACCUUGAUUUUUGCUACAGGAUUAGGGCUUAAAAAGCCUUAUUGUUUUUGUAUCCAGGUAUUUGUAUCCAUGAGCAAGCAAUAGCUAACUUUCCCCUUUUGGAUUUUAUAAAAAAGUCAGGUUAGUAUUUCUGCAAAAAGCAAAAAUUAAAACCAGUAGUCUCAUGUUUGUGUGUCAUUUGCUGUAAGUAGUUUUUAUGUUUACAUUUAGCUAUCUAAUGUAGCGUAACCUGACAGAACUUGCUAGCUAGUGGCAUUUAGCUAGUCCGUUCUGGUUUCCAGCUUGCUUUAUGCUACAAGAGCUUAAAAAAGGUUGAAAAAGGUAGUGUUGUUUAUACUAGCAUAAGAUUCGAGAGAAAAGCUAAACGUGAAGCGUGAAUCCCAAAUGAAACGCAUCAGAUAUCUUUUUAAAAUGGCAAUAUCACGAUAAUAUCGCCAACUGUGAUAAUCAGACGAUUACAUCGGCACAAGCCUAACGACAGGCCGACGUUUUUAUUAUUAUAAUUUUAUUUUGCGAGUAGUGAAUUUAUUAGACGUUUUGCUAAGAAGUCACCCAGAAAGAAUCAGCGAGGCUUUCUGAAUGUAAAUAAACGUUAAGAGAUUGUCAUUUCGGCAUUUUGCUCCCUUUCUUUUUUUCCCUGAAGGAUUUUUUUAUAUGAACGUGCACUGUUCUGAUUUUGCUAUUUCGCAGGUUUGAUAAUUGGUUUAGAAGAGUAGGACAUGGGAAUGCAGCCUUUUGUUAUUCUGAAUUAAGAAAUGGAUCACGAAGCUUCGCUACUGUUUAUGUACAUUGUAAUAAAGAGUGUAAUGAAGUGAAGUGAAGUGAAGUGAAGUGAAGUGAAGGAACUCUUCCUGUAGGGGGCGCUCUCAGGGCUGUUAGUUUACUCCCAUCUUUUUUUGUAACAAUCAGCAAAAGCGCUGCAUAAAGUGUUUCCAUCCACCUGUUUUAAUGCUAAUUGUGGAUUUGCGCAUGAAUAAAAAAAACGAAUUUCAAAAACA